CCCGCCAGCUGGAGGAAGCCGAGUAGGAAGUGGGCUGCGAUGUCCUUUUGUGUCCUAGAGCCCAGCGGGGCCAGCGCGCAGCUCCGCCAACUCAUGGCCCGCCCGGUCCCCGGAGCGCGGGGCCACUGAGCCAGCCGCCCGGACCCGGCCCAGCGCCGGGACCCCGCCGGCCGCCCCGGCCCUGCAACCCCGGCGCCGAGCCCUUGGUCCGCUGCUCCAAGAGCCUCUCUCCAGCCAUGUCCUCCCGGGAACGCCGGACGGAAUUCUUCAUCAAAACCGAGCCGGCUUCGCCCGACAGCCUCGUCCAACACAGUCCGAGUGGGUCUUCCGACACCAGCACCAGCGGGCCCCCCGCCGAACUCGAAACCGCCAGCACCUUACCAGCCGGGACGGGCGCUUCUCGCCGCCGCCACGACGGUGACCCAGAUGAAGGUCCCGGCCGGGGGAAAUACAUGCUGAACACGAUGCCCAAGCGGCUGUGCUUGGUCUGCGGGGACAUCGCCUCAGGGUACCACUACGGGGUAGCCUCCUGCGAAGCCUGCAAAGCGUUCUUCAAGCGGACGAUCCAAGGAAGCAUUGAGUACAGCUGUCCGGCCACCAACGAGUGUGAAAUCACUAAACGUCGACGGAAAGCUUGCCAGGCGUGCCGUUUCACCAAGUGCCUGCGUGUAGGCAUGCUAAAGGAAGGGGUACGCCUCGAUCGGGUUCGUGGGGGUCGCCAGAAAUAUAAGCGCCGGCCAGAGGUGGAGGGCGCCCCUUAUCCUAGCACUUUUGUGACCCCGCAGAUCGCCACAGCUACCGCCAAGAAGUCAGCCCCGAUGAACACAAUGGUGUCCCACUUGCUGGUCGCCGAACCGGAAAAACUCUACGCCAUGCCCGACCCGGCGCUUCCCGAGGGUCCCACAAAAGCCGCAAGCACUUUGUGUGAUCUGGCGGACCGGGAAAUUGUGGUCAUUAUUGGCUGGGCCAAAAAUAUACCAGGGUUCCCAGCAUUGUCUUUGGCCGAUCAGAUGUCCGUCCUGCAGAGCGUCUGGCUGGAAGUUUUACUCCUUGGCGUCGCCUGGCGCUCGCUGCCUUGUGAAGAUGAGAUUGUGUUUGCGGAAGAUUUCGCGCUCGACGAAGAGGCAGCCCGGACGGCGGGACUGCUGGAGCUGAGCAGUGUAGUCCUCCAGCUGGUGCGAAAAUACCGGGCGCUGCGCUUGGAACGCGAGGAAUAUGUGCUGCUGAAGGCGUUAGCCCUUGCCAACUCAGACUCCGUUCAUAUCGAGGACAUGGCAGCCGUGCAACGCCUCCGGGACGUCCUUCACGAGGCGUUGCUGGAGUACGAAGCCUCGCGGCGCCCCGAGGAGCCUCGCCGAGCCGGCCGCCUUUUGCUGACCCUCCCGCUGCUGCGCCAAACCGCCACUCGGGUGCUGCACCACUUCUACAGCCUGAAACUGGAAGGCAAAAUCCCCAUGCAUAAGCUUUUCCUGGAGAUGUUGGAAGCCAUGAUGGAUUGAAGGCAGGACAGGCUGAAAAUUGGGGUCAGGAUUCAGGAGAGUGGGGGAGCCCAGGCAUCCAGGGGGAGGUGGGGGAGCAGGCUGGGGGGGGGGCAAAACACGCAACAGAGACCAGCAGCCGCAGAGGCCCGGAUGCAGAUUCUUCCACCCUCUGAAUCCCCACCACGGCUAUCGCGCUACUAAUAUGCAUUUCACCGUAUGCAAACCUCGCGGUCGCCCCCCACCCCCCCAAGCUUCGCGCACCGCGGAGGACGACAUCAGUGCAACGCAGGCGCCACGGCAAUCCUCCCCGGAUUUGAUUUUUUGACACCCGGUGGCCGGUUGGUGGAGACAGGGACAAAACAGUUUUGGAAGCCAUACUUUGAUUUUAAUUUAUUGAUCGGGAAGUGGGGGAGGGGCAGGGAAGGAGAUUCGAGCAAGGCUUCUCCUCCUUGGCAGCAGGAAGGGGGGGGGGUUGGACUUCAAUUCUCAAAAUUCCCCACUUAGCCUGCUUUAAGGGAGGAGGAUUUUGACUCCCAGAAUUCCUUAGGCAAGAGAGGGUGGACUUCAAUUCCCAGAUUUCCCCACUCAGCCUGCUUUAAGGGGGGGAUUUUGAGUCCCAGAAUUCCUCAGGCAAGAGGGGGUGGACUUCAAUUCCCAGAAUUCCCCAGCUAGCAUACUUUGGCAUGGGUGGACUUCGACUCCCAGAAUUCCCCAGCCGGCCUGCUUUAAGCUAGGUGGACUUCAGCUCCCAGAAUUCCCCAGGCAACAUGCUUUCAAGAGGGGGUGAACUUCGACUCCCAGAAUUCCCUAGCAAGCACACUUUCAGCUGGGUCGGAUUUCGACUCCCAGAAUUCAUGCAGGCUGAGGAAUUCUGGGAGUUGUAGUCCAGCCUUCUAGGUUGAGAAAAAAAAAGCAGAUUAGAUCCUAUAGCAUUAGCAAUUCUGGGCUUAAAAGUGUUGAGAAAAGAAUAAAAAGGCUCUUUCGCUUACAGGAUUGGGUGGGUGGGUGGGAAUUGGAGAUGUCCUACCCCAGAUGGGGCGAGAGAGUCUCAUUUGGGGUGGGGACCCCAAGCUGAACGUCUCUGCGGAUCUAUUUUGGGGAGGGGGUCCUUUUCCUGCUGCCUAGGCUUACUUCCCAGUGUCUCUUCAUUCAUACGCUUGGGCUACGUCCCGAUCCAAAGCACCUUAAAGACAUUGUGGGAAGUUACGGCUCCAGGAAUUUCGGGAUGUAGACGAUGGGGAGGGGGGGUGAAGGGAGGGCACGGGACAAACACCCCCCCCUUCAUUUUGCCUUUGCGUGCUUGGUCUUCACGCAACCUCAGGGGAGCGAUACUCCUCCGCCUUUCUCUGCCCCAUUCCUACCAUCUUGCCUCCUUCUCUCCUUCCCCCCCUCCGAAUUAUCCCUUUGAAGCAAUAACUUUGAAUUUAAAAAAACGGGAUGCUGAGAGUUGGGGGUGGGGGUGUCUCCAGGGUUGGGGGGGGGCUGCCUCGUAUCGCACGCAACCUGCCUUCAAACCCAGGAAAGUGGUGGGCUGCGGCGAAGGAGCAAGCCCCCCCCCCUCCCUUCGAGUCUGAAUAAUAAUAAUAAUAAUAAAAAUAAAAAGGCCGGUCCUUUCGUUGCGCAUCCUUCGCCGAAUUCCCACCAUAGCAAUAGUUCAAAAGGCAAUUUUUUUGCUUUUCUUUUCAGGUGUGAGGCCCUGUCUCCCCUUCGCCCCCGAACAGGUGACUGCCCUCCUUCCUCACCUCCGUCCAAAGCAAUAAAAAAACAAACCAACCCACACCUUAUUUCCCUCUCCCCUCUCGAUUCCCCUUCCUUCCCGCUAAAAUUCGGAAGGGAGGCCCACGUGGCUUGAACGGGACAUAGCCGUGUACAUAGCAAUAUAUUUUAUUGUAUAUUUGUCGCAGGAAAAAAAAUGAUAAAAGGAAAAAGA